AUGGCUAAUUUGACAACUUAUACAUAUGAAGCUAUUCCUAUUGAUAAUAAUAUAAUUAAAUAUUUUUUAAAAGCAAAUGGCAAUAAACUUAGCUACGCUAAAUUCAUUGAACUUUUAAGUUUAGGAGAAGAAAAUUUUUUAGACACAUUCAAAAAAGCUUUAAAUGAAGCAACAAAUAAACUAUCCGCAUAUUUUUGGGAAUGUCCUCCUAUACAUAAAGAAAUGACAAAUAAACCAUUCGAAUUUGUAGUAACUAAAUCUACAGCAUUAAAUUAUAUUAAACAAGAUUACUCAAGCUUUAAAGAAAAAAUUACUGAGAGUAAUAAUAAAGAAGUUUGUAGUUUUUUAAGUUUAGGAAAAGAUGCUACUUUAAUUGUUCCUAUACCUUAUCACAAUCUUAAUUAUAAAAAUAUUAGUAAUUUUACUAAGAAUGCACCAAAAGAACAACAGAUUAAAUUUUGGCAAGAAGUAGCUAAUAAACUGGCUGAAUGUUUAGAAAUCGGUACUCCUAAAUGGUUAUCUACAAGUGGUUUAGGAGUUCAUUAUUUACAUAUAAGGAUUGAUAGUAAACCAAAAUAUUAUACUUGGAAAGAAUAUUUACCGUUUAAGCUUGAAAAAAAUAAUUGGGAAUAUGAACAAUCUAAAAAUAAUCUUAGUUGCAAUGAAGAAAUAUCACCUCUUCGGCAACCAUCAAACAUGGAUCCGAAAGUUGAGCCAAAUGUUGAACCAAAUGUUGAACCAAACGUUGAAUCAAAAAAUGAUUCAAAAAUUGAAUCAAAUGUUGAACCAAAAAAUGAUUCAAAAAUUGAAUCAAAAAUUCAUCCAAUAGCCUGCCAGCCUUCUAUACAAUCGAGAAUUGAUCGAAAAAAUAAAUUAGACAAAUUGAUGAGAAAAAAGAAAUUAGAUAAUGAAUUGUCAAGAAAAAAGAAAUUAAAUAAAUUGAAAUAUAAAAAAAAGAAGAGAAUGAAUGUGAUAAAAAAAACAUAA